AUGAAUACCAGUAAUUAUAGCAAUGUGAACGAUAUUUUAAAACUCGUUAACAAUUUUAAUUCUUCAGAUAAUUCAAAUCAAAAUCAAAAUGGUUAUAUUAAUGAUCAAUCGAUAAAUUUAAAUUCUAAUAGUAUAAAUACUUCUAAUUUAUUGCAAAAUGCUCCAUUCACUCCAAGACCUAGGUUGAUGUUAACUAAUCAUGCAAACAAUUCAUCAGGCAAUUCUCCUAAUAAUAGAGAUAUUAGCUCAUCCUAUUCUCCGUUUUCUAAUUUAAAUCAUUUAGACAGAUAUCUGGGGUCAAGGAACUCCAAUAACUUAUCCCGUAAUGUUAUUGAAGCAAUCAAUGAUAACCCUUAUAAGCCAAGUAAUUAUAAUACUCCUAUCAAUAGUAUUUCAAACAUAUCCGAAGUUUCAGUUGCUGAUAAUCAUGAAAAUAUCACCAAAAAUAAUAGCAAUCAGAAAAUUAGUUAUUUGGGAACCGGUACAAAUAAUUCAGAUAAUGAACAUAUGUCUACGAUUGAAAAUGAAAUUUAUAAUGAAAUCCAUGAAAUCCAUGAUUUAAAUGAGACUAAUAGAAAACUCUCAAAGGAUAAACACAAUGACAAAGAACCAAGUUCUAAUUCAAGCUCUACAUCUUUUUUAAAUGGAAAAAAUAUAAGCUCAAAAUCUAGCUCCAAAACCAGUAAUCUUGCAGCUUAUUCCGAUGAUUCUGGGUCUCUAAAUCAUACACCAGCACCUGGAGAAAACAAUAUGGAUUCUCACUUAGACUUUAUAAACAAUUUAGAAGCUCCUCACGACCCAGAAAUGGUCAACGCUUUUCACAACAAUAAUUUAUUGAUGGAUAAAAUUCAAAAUAACAUUGCUGAACAGGAUGAUUCUAUUCAGAAUAUACAAACUUUAUUAGAAAGAUAUAUUCCACAACACACCAUUGAACCAUUUGAUGAACCUCAUAACGAAAAUGCAAUGCCUAGUCAUAGUGACGAAAAUGAUUUUAAUGUAGACCAAUUCAUUAUUCCUCCUUCCUCUGAUUCCAAUGAUGUUUUGUUAAAUACAGCAAAUGCAGCAGAAGAUCACUCAAAAAGAGUUUCUGACUUCAUUGAGCCUACUGAAACCUUACCGAAUAAGAAAAGAAAAAGCAGUUAA